AUGCAGGUGGCCCGCAUGACCUCAUGGCGGGCGUCCGGGGGCGAUCGGGCGCUCGCGGGCGCCGCACGCGCACUCUCUGCGGCCGGGAGAGUUGCACAGCACCUCGAAAGGAUGCAAUCGGCGCGCAUCACGCCCCAACCGGCCCUAGCGGCCCGCCCGCGCCCCAGCGCGUGCGCCAGGGGCCCUGCGGUGCCUCCCGGCCCGGAACUGCGCGUGCGCCGCAAGCGCAGCACGGCGAUGGCGCAGACGCUGCCAGCCGGGCUGGAUGCCGGCGUUGCGAAGGCGGUGUCGGGGUGCGUCGCCGCUGUGUCCUCGGGCGCUGCAGCGAGCGCGUGGAGUCCCGCCGUCGUCGCAGGCGCUAUUGCGGCCGCGGCCGUGGUCGCGAUGAUGACGGUGGGCCGCGGAGUGCUCAAGACCCUCGCGCGCCGUGUGCUGUGGCCCGGGUUCGGAAGUGCGUCGUCCGAGGCGACGAUGCAGAGCGCGCCCGGGUGCCCCUUCAUGCGCGUCCCGGAGUCCCUCGGCGCCCCCAUCUUCGGACACACCGCCGAGUUCCUCCCAGCGAAGCGCGAGGGUUGGCUGUACCGCAUGACCAAGACAUUUGGCGACGUGUUCAAUUUUUCCAUCUUCGGCCUGUACACGACGGUGGUGGCGUCCCCGGAGCUCUACCGCGGCGUCCUGAACUCUCCGAACGUCGCGUCGCGCUCCUCCACCGCCGUCCUCUCGCUCAUCGGCGAGCACCAGCUCCUGCUCUCCGGCGAAGGCGACGCGCACAAACGCAUGCGCGAAGCCCUCUCGCAGCCGUUCGAGAUGGCCUCGAUGCGCCGCUACGUCCCGGACAUCGCCGCGAUCACCGCGGAGCACGUCCGGCGCGUCGCCGCCGCGUGCGAGGCCGGAAACGAGCCAGUACAGCUCUUGAAGGAGUUCAAAGAGAUCACCUUCCGAGUAAUCGCAAACGCGGUGCUGGAGCUCAAGCUGACCGACGACGAGGUCGAGGCGUUCUCGGAGGACUACACCGAGCUGAUGUCGGGCUUCGGGGCGGUGUUCCGGUACGAUCUGCCGGGCACGAAGUGGCGAAGGGUGAUGGACGCGCGCCGGAGGAUCUGCGCGCGGAUCGACCCGAUCGUCGAGCGGGCGGAGAAGGAGCUCGAGGGCGGGUUGCCGGAGUCGGAGUGGACGCUGCUGCACCGCACGAUCAAGCUGAAUGAGAUCGAGGGCGUCGACAUGCCGGACCCGAAGGCCGCGGUCCGGGACACCGUCGUCGGCUUCCUCUUUGCUGGCCACGACACCACCGCGUACUCGAUCACGAUGCUGUGGUGGCACCUGGCGCUGCGGCCGGAGUGGCUGGACCGCCUGCGCAGGGAGCAGCAGGCCGUGAUCGAGCAGCACGGGGAGGCCCUGUCCCCCGCGGCGCGCUCGGCGAUGCGCGAGCUGGACGCGGCGUCGCGCGAGACGCUGCGCGUCAAGCCCGUGGCGCUGAUGGUCGACCGCGACGUCACGGAGGACUUCGAGCUCGAAGGGGUCCGGUUCAAGAAGGGCGGCAAGAUCGCGUGUAUGAUGGCCGCGCUGCACGUCAACGACCCCAAGCUCAGCCAGGGCAACGAGUCCGAGCCCCAGGGCGACGAGCCGCCGGCGCACAUGGACUUUGAGCACGGCUGGCAGCCCGCGCGCUGGCUGUCGCCAGUGUCGCGCCCCGAAGCGUACGAGCCCUGGGGCGCGGGCCCGCACAUGUGCCUCGGCCUCAACCUCGCCUACACGGAGAUGAAGGUCAUCAGCGCCGAGCUCCUCCGACGGUGGGACGUGGACGUCCGCGACGCGUCGAUCAAGUGGCAGCCCAGCGUCUUCCCGGCGCCCGCGCACGGCCUCCCCGCGGUCAUCAAGGAGCGCGCGGUCGUCCCGGAGGCGGUGGCAGCACCGGCGUGA